GCCGAGAAUACGCCAACACAAUUCAUUUGUUGGCGAUACUGGCAAACGUGUAUAACAUCGCGGAUUAGGUAUUUGGCGAUAACUUUUAUCUUUGGAAGCGUGGUGUCUGGUUAGUUUCCUGUUCCUUUCUUCUACAAUCAUGGCUGACACUCAGAAAACUGAGAAGCCAGCAGCAAAAACCCCUGAAAAGGCUGAAAAAGCAAAAACACCAGAGAAAAAGAGCGAUGCAGCGUCCAAGAAGUUACCUGCAGUGCCUGAAUCUGUGCUCAAAAGGCGUAAACGCCGUGAUGCAUCCAAAGUUGCUCAGCUGAAGGCAACUCUUAAGCAAAAGGCGCUUAAGUACAAGAAGAGGAAAGAGAUUUUCAAAAGAGCUGAGAAAUAUGUUAGGGAGUACCACAGGAAGGAGCGAGAUGAAGUUCGUUUGGCUCGGCAAGCAAGAAACCGUGGGAACUAUUAUGUCCCUGGGGAAGCACGUUUGGCAUUUGUCAUCCGUAUUAGAGGUGUUAACCAGGUAGCUCCCAAGGUGCGAAAAGUUCUGCAGCUGUUCAGGCUAAAACAGAUCAACAAUGGCAUCUUCCUGAAACUGAACAAGGCAACAAUAAAUAUGCUUCGUAUUUGUGAACCAUAUGUGACUUGGGGAAUACCAAACCUGAAGAGUGUGCGUGAGUUGAUAUACAAGAGAGGAUUUGCUAAGAUAAAUGGGCAGAGAAUACCAAUUACUUCUAAUGAGAUUAUUGAGAAGAAAUUGGGUAAAAUGGGCAUAAUCUGUGUUGAAGACUUGAUCCAUGAAAUCUUUACUGUUGGACCUAAAUUUAAGUAUGCCUCAAACUUCCUCUGGCCAUUUAAGCUCAAUACACCAACUGGUGGGUGGCGCAAGAAGACAAACCAUUAUGUUGAAGGUGGUGACUUUGGAAAUAGGGAGGACAAAAUAAAUGAACUGCUCCGCAGAAUGGUGUAAUUGAAAGACUUUAAUAAAUAUGUAAUUAAAUGUGAA